AUGGCUGCAAAAGCAACAAAAGAUUUUAUCCUUAUCGACGAGCUUUAUAGCACUUACGUGCAACCUCCUUUCGAUUUUAGCAAAGCCAUUUGCAACCUAUUAGCGGGAUUCCUUACCCCCGAGCUUUGUAACGCACGUGCCAAAGGAAAGGACCGCUUUCGAAAGGGCGCGCUUGGGCCGGAAAAUAAAAGGAAUACGCUUUGGCUGGAAAAGCGCGUAAAUUGUAACGCGCUUCCUAUCACGGGCGAAACCGCCCGGCAAAAAGCGGAAAGCGUUAAAUGCACGGGCGAAACCGCCUGGUAA